GCGAAGCGGGCACCCACUGACACCUGUGAAGCGCAGAUUACCCCGACUAACGACCGCCCUCCGCUACCUCUGCUUCCUUCCCCCUCUCGCGCCCGCUUCACGCACGAACAACGCGAGCUGUCCCAGGUGCUCCUCCAAGUUUGCCUUGAGCCUGGGCUGUGAGCUGGCACCGCAGGGACACGCCGCAGUUGAGAACGUGCCCGUUUUCUUUCUGGAAGUCUCGGUUGGGAGGAGUCAGAGGAGAAAGAAAAGUCUGUUGUAAAUCCAACUUAGAGGCACUUACCUUGGGAGGACAGAGCGUUCUGGGGCUCUAGAAAACAAGUAGUUUACGUGAGUUUACUAGGUGUGGGAGAGUGACCCAUAAUCUCAGACACCUUUCUCAGAGUAAACGCUAGGGGUGUGGGGACAAGUGCCAGACCCUUUGCUGCCUUAUCAUGCACAGCAGAGCUUACUUCUUGCUGGAAAGAGACUUCCAGGAGUUGAAGGAGAACAAUUUUAAGGGUAUUACUGCCUUUCCUGUAAGUGAAGAUCUAAUGGAAUGGGGAGCCGAUAUUGAAGGUCUACAAAAUACAUUUUGGCAUGGAUUAUUCUUCCAACUGAAAAUAAACUUUAUAUCACAAUACAAUUUAGUCCCUCCAGUUGUGAAAUUCCUGACAAUUCCUUUUCAUCCAAAUGUAGACCAAAAUACUGGUCGGGCUUGUAUAGAUAUUUUGGAUGACCCCGAUAAGUGGAAUACAAGCUAUACCUUGAGCAGCAUCUUACUUACCCUCCAGGUUAUGCUUUCUAAUCCAGUGCUAGAAAAUCCAGUGAAUUUGGAAGCAGCCCAAAUGCUGAUUAAAGAUGAAUCUCUGUACAAACAAGAAGUUCUAAGACUUUUCAACCAACCAACACAAUUGAGAAAUAACAGCCCUGAGUUUCCUAAAGAUCAAGAUAAACUUAUCAGAUCAACUAAAGCAAUCUCAUUUAAUGAUUACUACAAGACAUGGUCCGGAAUAGCAACAUCAAAAGCCACAGAAUACUACAGAAGUCCAUUGCUUGAAGAUCCAAAUUUUGUUGUAGAGUAUUAUAAAUGGAAGAAAGCUGAAUUACAGCAUCCUAAAGAAUGGAAUUUAAAGUACGCUGCUACCAUGGCUCGGCUGGCUAGAGAAAGUAGAAGGCCUUCCAAAGUCAAUUAUCCAACUGAAAGAUUUCAUCGCUGCCCAACUCCAAUUCAAAAUUUUGCUGACUCACAGACUGAAAUGGAUAUUGUCAAGAAAAAGGAGAGGUGGAGGAGUGUAGCUUUACCAGAUGAUGAUAAUGCGAAUGAGUCGUGGGAAGAAGAAGCAGAAGACCUGGUCGCCUGGACCAACACUCUUGAUAUAGACGUUUUAGAAGAUUCAGCCUGAUGCUCCAGGAUUUAAAACCACAGCUCGGCUUCAUGAGGCAACUUUGGAACUUGGAUUCCAUUUUUUUUUUGAAGUUGGCCUCAUGCUCUCAUGUCAAGUACACAUUAGAAAUAUAAGUACAAA